AUGUCUGUGAUGAAGAGUCAGGAUUCACAAAAACACAAAGGAAUCAGAUGGCAAGUAAUAUUUUCCUUCUUAUUUUCAUGGCUUUGUCAUUCAGUGUCUGCUCAGCUUCAUUAUUCCAUUGAUGAAGAAAUGAGAAAAGACUCUGUUAUAGCUAAUAUUGCUAAAGACCUUGGAUUAGAUAUCAAGCAGCUCUCAUUUAGAAAAUUUCAUAUUGUUUCACGUGUUUCAGAUAAAUAUUUUUCUGUCAAUUUGCAAUCUGGAAAUCUACAUGUUAAAGACAGGAUAGAUAGAGAGACACUGUGUGGGGUCAUAGCUCCCUGCAUUCUAACCUUUGAUGCAGUGGUUGAUAAUCCUUUAACUGUUUUCCCUGUCACCAUUGAAAUUCAGGAUAUAAAUGAUAAUUCUCCCAUAUUUUUUCAUAAAACCAUUACCCUGGAAAUUAUUGAAUUUACUUCACCUGGAACACACUUCAUUUUGCAAAAUGCAGGUGAUCCUGAUAUUGGCAUUAAUUCUAUACAAACAUACAAACUCAGUGAUAAUCAGCAUUUUACACUUAGUGAAAAAUUCAGAACUGAUGGUAGUAAAUUUCCAGAACUUGUUUUAGAAAAACCUUUAGAUCGGGAGACACAAAAUAUUCAUGAAUUAAUUUUAUCAGCACUGGAUGGCGGAAAUCCUAUCAGAUCUGGAACUACUCUAAUCAAGAUUAUUAUAACUGAUGGAAAUGAUAAUUUUCCAAUAUUUACUGAAGAAAUCUAUAAAGUGAGUGUAAGUGAAAAUGCUCCAAUUAACUUUAUGCUGCUUAAAGUUACUGCAACUGAUCAAGAUGAAGGUUCCAAUGCACAGGUCACAUAUUCACUUGGAAAAAUAUCAGGGAAUGUACUUUCAGCUGGAAUGUUUAAAAUUAAUGCUACAAAUGGAGAAAUAACAACAAAUCAAAAAUUUGAUUUUGAAGUUGCAAGAUAUUAUGAAAUGUCUAUUCAAGCAAAGGAUGGUGGUGGGCUUGUGGCCCAUUCCAAGGUUUUAAUAGAAAUCAUAGAUGAAAAUGACAAUGCUCCAGAGAUAUCAAUUACCUCAUUAACAUCUCCUAUACCUGAGGAUUCAGCUCCAGGGACACGGAUAGCACUGAUUGAAGUUCAUGAUCAAGAUUCAGGAGAAAAUGGAAACGUUGACUGUCAAAUCAUUGGGAAUGCAAAUGUACACUUUCAGUUAAUAUUGUCAUCAAGUAAAUAUUACAAAAUUGUUACAACAAAUACAAUGGAUAGAGAGAAAGUAUCAUGCUAUAAUAUUACAAUUUUAGCAACUGAUAGAGGAUCUCCUCCUCUUUCUAUUACACAAGAAAUCAGGUUGGAUAUAUCGGAUGUUAAUGACAAUCCUCCAGUAUUUACAAACACUGCGCAUGUUGCAUAUGUCCCAGAAAACAACUUACCGGGAGCCUCAAUAUACAGUAUACAGGCUUCUGAUUUAGAUUCUGGAGAGAACGCUAAGAUUAUUUAUUCAAUUUUAAGUAUAAACACAGAAGAUAUACCAGUGUCAUCUUAUCUGUCCAUUAAUAUAGAGACUGGAGUUAUCUACGCUCAGAGAUCCUUUGAUUAUGAGCAGCACAAAGAGUUUCAACUACAAGUAACUGCGAAAGAUAAUGGAUCACCAUCUUUGAGUAGCAACACAACUUUACUCAUCCGCAUCAUAGAUCAGAACGAUAAUGCACCUAGAAUUUUGUACCCUUCUCCAGGAAGUAUUGAUUCGGUAUCCUUUGAGAUGGUUCCUUUGGCAUCCAAAGAAGAUACGCUAAUAACUAAGGUUGUUGCGGUGGAUGCUGACUCAGGACAUAAUGCUUGGCUCUCUUAUCAUUUCAUGCAAGUGUCAGAACCAUCUCCCUUCAACAUUAGUCAGCACUCAGGUGAAAUACGGACAGUGUGUGUGUUUGAACAAAAAGAUGUUUUGAAAUAUAAGGUUAUAGUUUUGGUGAAAGACAACGGAGUCCCCUCGCUAUCAGCAACUGUAACCUUAAGUUUUAUUUUUGCAGAUUCCAUCCAACAAGUUGUUCCCAAACUCAUUAAUCAAUUAAGUGACGAGGAUUCCUCAACCAGUUUACAAAUGUAUUUAGUAAUUGCAUUGGCUCUUAUUUCGUUUUUGUUUAUUUUAAGUGUAAUGAUGGUUAUCAUUUCCAAAUGUAAAGAGUCAAAAUCUUCUCCAGCCUUUGGAUCUUUUAGUACUAAUCUGUAUUCUCAAGUGGAUCCCCAAAAUAUGUCCCAAUAUAAUAAUGGAACCUUGCCUUUUCCAUACUCAUACAAUGUGUGUGUGGCUUUGGAUUCAAGUGAAAGUGAUUUUACAUUCAUCAAAUCAAAGCAAGAUGUUCCCACAGACAACCUUAUUGAUGCUGAUGACUCUGGACUUGGAAAUGAAGACUUGAAAGAAACAUCUUCAAACAGCUUUGUAAAGGGUAAUGCCACUGGUCACCGAUUUAAUGCAUUUAGGUUGAUGACCUUGUCAGCACAAGAGUCACUUCCAAACUUAUCUGCCCAGCUUCAUUAUUCCAUUGAUGAAGAAAUGAGAAAAGACUCUGUUAUAGCUAAUAUUGCUAAAGACCUUGGAUUAGAUAUUAAGCAGCUCUCACUUAGAAAAUUUCAUAUUGUUUCACGUGUUUCAGAUAAAUAUUUUUCUGUCAAUUUGCAAUCUGGAAAUCUACAUGUUAAAGACAGGAUAGAUAGAGAGACACUAUGUGGGGUCAUAGCUCCCUGCAUUCUAACCUUUGAUGCAGUGGUUGAUAACCCUUUAACUGUUUUCCCUGUCACCAUUGAAAUUCAGGAUAUAAAUGAUAAUUCUCCGGUAUAUUUCCAUGACAUCAUUACCUUAGAAAUGAUUGAAUUUACUUCACCAGGAACACAUUUUAUUUUACAAAAUGCAGAAGAUCCAGAUAUUGGUAUUAAUUCUGUACAAACAUACAAGCUCAGUGAUAAUCAGCAUUUUACACUGAGUGAAAAAUUCAGCACUGAUGGCAGUAAAUUUCCAGAACUUGUUUUAGAGAAACCUUUAGAUCGAGAGAGACAAAAUGUUCAUGAAUUAAUUUUAACAGCACUGGAUGGCGGGAUUCCCAUUAGAUCUGGAACUACUCUAAUCAAGAUUAUUAUAACUGAUGGAAAUGAUAAUUUUCCAAUAUUUACUGAAGAAAUCUAUAAAGUGAGUGUAAGUGAAAAUGUACCAAUCAACUUUAUGCUGCUUAAAGUUACUGCAACUGAUCAAGAUGAAGGUUCCAAUGCACAGGUCACAUAUUCACUUGGAAAAAUAUCUGGGAAUGUACUUUCAGCUGGAAUGUUUAAAAUAAAUGUUACAAAUGGAGAAAUAACAACAAAUCAAAAAUUAGAUUUUGAAGUUGCAAGAUAUUAUGAAAUGUCUAUUCAAGCAAAGGAUGGUGGUGGACUUGUGGCCCAUUCAAAGGUUAUAAUAGAAAUCAUAGAUGAAAAUGAUAAUGCUCCAGAGAUAUCCAUUACUUCAUUAACAUCUCCUAUUCCUGAGGAUUCAGCUCCAGGGACACGGAUAGCACUGAUUGAAGUUCAUGAUCAAGAUUCAGGAGAAAAUGGAAACGUUGACUGUCAAAUCAUUGGGAAUGCAAAUGCUCCCUUUCAGUUAAUAUUGUCAUCAAGUAAAUAUUACAAAAUUGUUACAACAAAUACAAUGGAUAGAGAGAAAGUAUCAUGCUAUAAUAUUACAAUUUUAGCAACUGAUAGAGGAUCUCCUCCUCUUUCUAUUACACAAGAAAUCAUGCUGGAUAUAUCGGAUGUUAAUGACAAUCCUCCAUUAUUUACAAACACUGCUCAUGUCGCAUAUGUCCUAGAAAACAAUUUACCGGGAGCCUCAAUAUACAGCAUACAGGCUUCUGAUUUAGAUUCUGGAGAGAACGCUACGAUUAUUUAUUCAAUUUUAAGUAUACAAACAGAAGAUAUACCAGUAUCAUCUUAUCUGUCCAUUAAUAUAGAGACUGGAGUUCUCUACGCUCAGAGAUCCUUUGAUUAUGAGCAGCACAAAGAGUUUCAACUACAAGUAACUGCGAAAGAUAAUGGAUCGCCAUCUUUGAGUAGCAACACAACUUUACUUAUCCACAUCAUAGAUCAGAACGAUAAUGCACCUAGAAUUUUGUACCCUUCUUCAGGAAGUAUUGAUUCAGUUUCCUUUGAGAUGGUCCCUUUGGCAUCCAAAGAAGGUACUCUAAUAACUAAGGUUGUUGCGGUGGAUGCUGACUCAGGACAUAAUGCUUGGCUCUCUUAUCAUUUCAUGCAAGUGUCAGAACCGUCUCCCUUCAGCAUUAGUCAGCACUCAGGUGAAAUACGGACAGUACGUGUGUUUGAACAAAAAGAUGUUUUGAAAUAUAAGGUUAUCGUUUUGGUGAAAGACAAUGGAGCCCCCUCUCUCUCAGCAACUGUAAUCUUAAGUUUUAUUUUUGCAGAUUCCUUCCAACAAGUGGUUCCCAAACUUACUAAUCAAUUAAGUGACGAGGAUCCCUCAACCAAUUUACAAAUGUAUUUAGUAAUUGCAUUGGCUCUUAUUUCAUUUUUGUUUAUUUUAAGUGUAAUGAUGGUUAUCAUUUCCAAAUGUAAAGAGUCAAAAUCUUCUCCAGCCUUUGGAUCUUUUAGUACUAAUCUGUAUUCUCAAGUGGAUCCCCAAAUUAUGUCCCAAUAUAACAAUGGAACCUUGCCUUUUCCAUACUCAUACAAUGUGUGUGUGGCUUUGGAUUCAAGUGAAAGUGAUUUUACAUUCAUCAAACCAAAGCAAGAUGUUCCCACAGACAACCUUAUUGAUGCUGAUGACUCUGGACUUGGAAAUGAAGACUUGAAAGAAACAUCUUCAAACAGCUUUGUAAAGACUGGAAUGAAGUUUAGUGAAUAA